AUGCCAGCGGCAACUAGCAAGACGCCUAUUCCGCUCCUGGUUGAACUCUUCUGGAUUCCCGGGUUUCUCGCCAUUGCCAUUUUCCUGCAGAUCCCCCAACCUGGCCCUGCGCGGGUAGCAUUGGGACUGGGGAUCUUCACCACAGUCUGGUCAUAUGCCCUCACGCACUGGGUUGCUCAGCCUUCGUUUCUCUUCAGCCCCAUGUUUGGCUUUGCGGUCACCGUCCGAUGGGUGUACAUGGUUGUCUUGGACACAGCCGAGGUCGGCUUCUUCCGUGGCACAUCAUCUGACAAGGAAGACUCACCGUUGAAGCUUGGCCUGUGGAAGAAGCUCAAGUGGAGCGCCGACUUGUGGUUCUCAUGGCGUGGCGUGGGAUGGAACUGGGAAGUCUCCAAUAUUCCUCGGCCCGGUGGCAAGAUUGUCUCUCGUGGUCGAUGGCUGGCAGUCCAGGCUGGAGCCGCCAUGACAAAUUUCGCCGCGCAGAAAGUCAUCAUCGACUACGUAUUCUGCCGGUAUUAUCCAUCUAGCAACACUGUCGAGGCUUUUUCAUCUCUCUCCUUGAUACAUCGGCUAUGGAUCAGCGUCAUCCAUUUGGCAUUGGGCUGGUUAUUCCUAGCUAACGCUAACCGUAUUAUCGCCAUAGUCGCUGUGGCAACUCGGCUCUCGCCACCUGAAAACUGCCCUCCAAGUUUCGGUAGCUUGGCAGAAUGUUACACGGUCAGGAAUUUCUGGGGCAAAGCAUGGCAUCAGACUUUCAAGUGGUACUUCAACACCACUGGUGAUCUGGUCGCCACGAGCAUUGGUGCAAAAAAGGGCACAGUGCUUCGCAAGUACACUAAACUCCACGUUGCGUUCCUCAUGUCCGGAAUCCAGCAUUACGUGGCAACCUUGUUUGUCCCCUCUCCCUCUUGGGCGUGGGCAAUGAUUGGGCAGAUGGUAUUAUACGCAAUCAUCAUUACGAUUGAGGAUGGGCUCAAGUCUCUCGGCCAACAAAUGGGAUUGAAGCCGGGUCGUUACCUUUGGGUCGCUUUUUGGGUUCCAUUUAUAUAUCAAUAUCCAUUCAUUUAUGACAUUGACGUUGGUUUCUUCAACGGUAGCUGUCCUGCCUAG